CAUUGCUAUGACACGAUUAGUGACUUAAACACCGAUGUAGUUUGAUAGAAUAAAUAUAUGUUGUCAACUCGUCUAUUCAAGUCAAAGAAUCCUAACGAAGGAAUUUCUAUUAUUAUAGAAUGAGUCAAGAAACCGCUCACAAUCAAAGUAACCAAGUGCUAAGCGAUGGGCAGGAAAAUGUUCAUACUGAAGCAUCCAGUUUCACACCUCCUAUUCAAACUGAACAAGUGAACUCACAACAUAUUCCCCAAAAUGAUCAAAAUGUCGGAGGUCAACCUGAUGCUAUGCUACCUACCUUAAUGGUAAACUUCUUGCAACAAAUGACUCAUGCCCCUAUGUUUCAACCACCUCCACCCCCACUUCGUUUGAUCACAUUUAAAACCUUGAAAGAUAAUGGAGCUGAGGAAUUCCUCGGAGAUCGAAUUGCCGAACCCGAGAUCGCUCUUGAAUGGAUCGAACAGACCGCUCGUGUACUGCAAAAUUUGAACAUACCUCUUGCUGAUCAUCCAAAAUUUGCAUCUCAAUUGCUCCGCAAGGAAGCCUAUGAAUGGUGGAAACGCACUGACGAAAAUCCAAACACACCCAAACCGUGGACUUGGGAAUUCUUCGAUUGGGCGUUCAAGAAAGAAUAUAUCCCAGCCCGAUUCCGUGAAGAAAAGCGUGCUGAAUUUAUUCAAUUGAAGCAAGGAGAUAUGACAAUUCCUGAAUACCGACAAAAAUUUGUCCAUCUUGCUCGAUUUGCACCCACACUGGUGAGCACAGCGGCCGACCGCAUUGAGGAGUUUCGCAAAAGACUUCGACCUGAUCUCAGGCCGCACGUAUCUACUAUUCAAACUCUGGAUUUCAUUGAGGCAUACGACCUAAUCUCUAAAGCUGACAAGGAUCUAAGUGAUUACUAUGAAAAUUCUGUCCCCAAAGUCCUGCAGACUGUGAUAGUCGAUUGUCACCCUGUGACAAUCGAUUGUCAAGUUGAGGCAAAUCUCCCCUUUUCUUCCUUUUCAUACACGGACAAUUUACUUCCCGAUCUGCUUGAGGCGGGGCGACAUUUGCAAUUCUUCUCCGAAAAUAAGGGUUUGCUUUUCCGGCCGUUUUACCGUCGUUCGGCCGAGAUGAAGCUUACUGUCAAAACUUUGAAGGGCAGUCACUUUGACAUUAGGGUUCAGCCCUCCGACACAAUUAUGGCAGUAAAGAAAAACAUUGAAGAUGCACAGGGAAAAGACAGCUAUCCAUGUGGUCAGCAGUUGCUUAUUCAUAACGGUAAAGUAUUGAAAGAUGAGAGCACACUGACUGAAAACAAUGUUAGUGAAGAUGGAUUUCUUGUUGUCAUGCUUAGCAAGAGCAAAACUGUUGGGUCAAGUGGGACAUCUUGUGCUCAGCCUUCCGCUACUGGUGCUCCAGCUUCUAAUACUACUACAGCACCUGUCGUCCCUCCUUCAGAAGUUGUCCCCCCCAAGAGUGUAAAAUCUGCUUCUGAUGCUGCAACAGCUAGUUAUAGUCAAGCUGCUUCAAAUUUAGUGGCUGGUGGUAAUCUUGAGGAGAUAAUCCAACAACUUAUGGAUGUGGGUGGUGGAAACUGGGACAAGGAAACGGUUACACGAGCACUACGCGCUGCUUACAACAACCCGGAAAGAGCUAUUGACUACUUAUAUUCAGGAAUUCCAGAAACAGCUGAAGUUGCUCUACCAGUGGCUCAGAGUGGUCUUCCUGCCACAGCUCAAGGUGCAGUGAAUGCUAUCCCUGUUAUAGGAGGCCCUAAUGCGUCUCCAUUGAAUAUGUUCCCACAGGAGCAGGUUUCUGGAGCUGCUGUUGCUGGUCUUGGAUCCCUUGAUUUCCUCAGGAAUAGCCAACAGUUCCAAGCAUUGCGUACAAUGGUUCAAUCUAAUCCGCAAAUCCUUCAGCCUAUGCUUCAGGAGCUAGGAAAGCAAAAUCCUAAUCUUUUAAGAACAAUACAGGACCACCAUCAAGAGUUCCUCCAGUUAAUCAAUGAGCCUGUUGAUGGUCCAGAAGGUGACAUAUUUGAUGAUCAGCCCGAUCAGGAUAUGCCCCAUACUGUCAGUGUUACACCGGCAGAGCAGGAGGCAAUUGGGAGGCUCGAGGGCUUGGGCUUUGAUAGAGCUCUUGUAAUUGAGGCAUUUUUAGCUUGUGACCGCAAUGAAGAGUUGGCAGCAAACUAUCUACUGGAACAUUCAGCUGAUUAUGAGGAUUGAGCGACAAAAUUACUUUGCCACAUUCUUUUGGCGGAUUUUUCUCGCAUGUUCUUAAACCAUGGUGAGUAAAGAGAGAUUUCCUUUUGAUUUAAGAUCUAGAGAUGCUAAUGUUGGUUAAGAGAAUUCAGAUCUUAGAUGUACUUAACUUCCUGCCCAAUGUUUUCGAGAUAUUUACUUUUUCGUUUUUUUUUUUUUUGCAACAUUUGGUUCUUGACUUCAUUUGCAACAUGCUUUAUCUUUAGGCAAAUAGAACAGCUCAAAUACGAAUGAGUGUAGCUCAAUGUUUUUU